GAGGAGCGAGUGACGGGAGAGAGGAGGAGAAAUAAGACGAGAGAAGAAGAAGAGGAGGAAAAAGUGAAAGAAAAGCGGAGAAAGAGACGCACAAGUGUUUUUUGUUCCCCCCCCCAACUGGAGCGAGUAGCAGGAGGAGAAAGUGUGAGAGGAAGAGAGGAGGAGAGUGCGCCUCCACCACCGACACCUCCAUGUCGCUCCCCGGCUCCCCUCCGCUGCUCACGCCGGGUUCGGGCACCCAAACUCCGGUCGCGCUCUACCGCUCGGCCCCCGACGCGCUCCACAGCUCGGUGGCCUCCAGCGGCACCUCCAGCCCGCUCGCCAACUCCCACCCGCUGUCCCUGUCCCCGCGGCUCACCAGCACCAUGCUCAGCGCCUUCCUGCCCGGAGCAGGGGGCGCCUUGGCCGGCCUGGGCAACGGCGGCUCGGCCCCGCUGGUGUCCGGUCCUCUCAGCGGGCUCGGCUCGCUCAGCUCGGCCGGCCUGACCCCCGGCUCCCCCGGCAUGGCGCAGACCUCGUCCGGCCCGGGUCUGUGCAGCGAGUGCAAGCUGGUGGAGGUGCACGGGGUGAAGGUGGCCAGCUUCGGCGUGGACGGCCAGGAGCUGAUCUGCCUCCCGCAGGUGUUCGACCUGUUCCUGAAGCACCUGGUGGGGGGGCUGCACACCGUCUACACCAAGCUCAAGCGCCUGGACAUCGCGCCGGUGGUGUGCACCGUGGAGCAGGUGCGCGUCCUGCGGGGGCUCGGCGCCAUCCAGCCCGGGGUGAACCGCUGCAAGCUCAUCUCCAGGCGGGACUUCGAGACGCUGUACCAGGACUGCACCAGCGCCAGCUCUCGUCCGGGCCGUCCUCCGAAGCGCUGUGCUGGUGCAGGGAUCCAGGAAAGCCCCAGGCUGCUGCACCCGGGCCUCCCCGGCCUUCUGUCCCCCAACCUGCUGUCACACACCGGCCUGACAGCAGCAGCCAUGGCCGAACUCCAGAAGCUUCACAAGAUGAAGAUGAUGAUGAGUCUCCAGAACGGCAACGAGUCGGACAACGACGACAUGCACUCCAACACAGGAGGCAGCGAGUGUUCCUGGGAUAAGGAGCGUCUCACCAGCCCCCCCGCUGGAGCCCACAGUGGAGGAGGAGCAGGGGGAGGGGGGGGCGGAGGAGCACCGGUCGGAAUGAUGGGAGGUGGAGGAGGAGGAGGAGGAGGAGCGAUGGCAGGUGGAGGGAGGGGGCCGGCCAUCGGAGCGGUCAAUCAGCAACAACUCCAACAGCAGCAACAGCUACUGGCUAACAGGUUGGACCUGCCCUUCAUGAUGAUGCCCCACCCCCUGCUGCCCAUGGGCCUGCCCCCUGCCUCCGUGGCCAUGGCCAUGUCCCAGAUGAACCACCUCAACACCAUCGCCAACAUGGCCGCCGCGGCCCAGCAGAUCCACACUCAUGUCCACCGCGCACCUGUCAUCAAGGAGAGAGUGUGUGACAGCCCCUCUCUCUCUCCGUCUGUGGACGAGACCAACACUCCUCUGCAGUCACAGCCCAGCAGCUCGGCCUCCAGCUCGCCAGAAAGACUGGGACUAGUGUCAGCUGAUGCAGAUGUUGCACUCAGCAACCCUGCUGCAGCCAACAAGAAAAUAACAAAGGACAAAGACGAGUCAUCGCUGGGACAAGCCCUGCCCCCCGGCUUCCCUGCUCCGUUCCUAUUCGCUGACGGCUUGUCGUCAGUAGAGACUCUGCUCACCAACAUCCAGGGUCUGCUGAAGGUGGCGGUGGAGAACGCUCGGGUGCAGGACAAACACAUCCAGGCGGAGAAGAGGGAGCUGAAGAUGGAGCUCUACAGGGAACGAGAGAUGAGGGAGAGUUUGGAGCGACAGCUGACCUCCGAGCUGCAGAGCAGAGCCUCCAUCCAGAAGCGUCUGAAGAAGGAGAAGAAGGCCAAGAGGAAGCUGCAGGAGGCGCUGGAGUUUGAGUCCAAGAGGAGGGAGAGAGUGGAGGACGUUCUGAAACACUCGUCCUCAUCCUCCCCCUCUCCUGAGCCGCUUCACGCCGCCAACAACAACAUCAACGCCAAGAACAACGCUGCUGAGGAUAAACCUGAACUUAAUGGAAACCAGCAAGACAACAAUGCUGUACAAGAAUCCCGGCCGUUUCUGAAGACACCCAUGAUGUUUUAGAGCGAGGAAACUGGGCCUCUCGAAACCCCGCCCCUUUUCCCACCAUCUCACCCCACCCACUCCCCCCCCCCCCCCCCCGCACAGAAGAACUCCACCAGCCCGCUUCCACGAAAGCAACGACCUCCCCCGGCGGGAUUCUAACUUUGCUACACCGCGACAUUUUGAUGGCGCUAAGAAACAUUGAGACUACUAAGAGACACGCCCCUUAUCUGGACUCAUUUUGGGGCCGUCUCUCUCUCUAUCUCUCUCUCUUUCUUCUACUCUUCUUUUUAGGCACAAUUCACUCCAUUCAAUCCUCUUUUCUCUUCUCAUCCCUCGUUCAGUUCAAAAAGUAAAAAUCCUUCCCAAGAAAAGGCGAAGGAGCUAAAAGGACUGGACCGGUCAACACACGUCAUCGUGUUCGGACAUUGUGCGAAGAAAUGAUUUGAUUGGACGACUGAGACUUUUUAAUUGGUCGGAUAUCAUCAUGUGACUCACUGGACUGAACCCGGCUCCUCGUGAUCGGUGCUGACGAGAUAAUAAGAAUGUUUCCAAGAAAAGAUGAAACUUUCUUUUUUCCUUCAAACCACAAGUUUCAACCCCCCUCUGUUUGGAUUUGACGCGACUUCAUCGACACUCUCUGAUUGGACGGUAAUCAGCUGAUCGGAGGCGCUCAGGACGCAGGAUGGAAACAGAGGGUUUAAGAAUAAAAAAAAAAAGACGUGUAAAGAAAAUAUUUGGAUGGAAAAGAAACUGAGGAAAACAACUGGAGAGGCUAUUUCUGUCUCUCAUGUUUCAUUCAUUUUUGUUUUCCGUACAGGGACCUAAAAGAAUGCAUGGGAAAACUUAUGUUGUCCUUUAUUUUAUCCUCCGUACACUCAUCUCCCCUCGUAUUCUCUCCUCUUCUCUGAUUUGUUCUUCACCCUCUUUUCUCUUUUCUAUAAAAAUCAGCAUCUCUUCCUAUAAGAUCUUGAAUCCUUCACUCUUCCUUACUUCUUUCCCUUUACCCCCACCUCCCCCCCCCCCCCUCUUUCUCUGUCUCUCUCUUUCUAUACGGAGGCAUUAUUCUGAAACUGUUGGAUGCAGCUUUUCAAUGUAUGAAGUAUUUUCUAUCACCCUUGACUUGUGAAAUCAGUUUCUCAAAUGACGCAAAGGUUGAAAAAAAAAAAAAAAAAAGAAGAAACCUUUUUUAUUACGAUGGAGUGAUUUUUAGACACGAUAUUAUAUCCUGAAAGUUCGUUGGAUUCUCUCCCUCGACAAUGGACCUUUUCACCUUUUGACCCCUGCUUCCCCCCCCCCGUGACCAGUAAGUAGUCCUGAAGUUUCUGGCGUUUGUCAAAUUAAAACUAAGGAGCGCUUCAUUUGUUCGAACUGAGGAUUUUAAAUAACCCAAAUGAUACAUAAUCAAAUUUUGAGAAGGGGAUUCUAAAAGUAAUGAAGAACACCACAGGUGGACAAAUCAAGCGCUCCUCAGUGGAGUCAAACGCCAGGGGAUCUUUUUAUUCCCCCAGAUUUUCUGACCUACUACGAGUGCAGACUGUUGUGUUGCAGUUUUGUUUAUUCCACAGCGUGUUUUGUUUGUUUAUUUGUUGAUUACUAUUUGAAAUGUGUACGUGAGGACUGGGGGCGGGUGGGGC